AUGCGGUUACCAGGUAGACGGCCAUAUAUGAUUGGUGACGGUGAUACGGGUAUUCAGGUUGAUAAGAGAAUCAGCUCAAACGGCAUGUGGCAACAACUGUCGUGCGUGGUGGAAAAUCACGAGGUGCGUUUGCCAGAAGAGCAUGAAAAGGAUUACGAAGAGUUUGAGUGUUGUUGGCGCGGUAGGCCUUCCAGAAUGGGUCCCAAUGACCCUUCCUGCGCUUGGCUAGAGAUAUUUCAAGAAAUGGUGGAUGAUCGAUUGAGAAUGGAGUACUGCCUUUCCCUCAAGAAAGCGUCCGUCGUCGAGGCGUCUGCUUUCCAUUCCGACUUCCUCAAAGCUUACGAACCUCGGGGUAGAUUCGAGGUGACUUCCAUUCAACUGGUGGUCGAAGAAAGUGAGGCGCGGUCAGGUGAGGACUUUCUUUUCCGAUUCAUCGCGAUUCAAAUAACCGUCGUACGACCGAGACGGAUUGUUCUCAUUAAUUCUGCCAACGAUCUGGCCAACUUCGUUGGGUCCACAUUCGAUACACAGUCCAGUUGCUGGAUCUCUGAUGGGCUCAUCUGCGGUCUCAUUCAUUUUGAUUAUGUAGAUUGGAUAACUGGAACGCAUGCACAAUGGGAUAAAGCCGAUAGCGCCAACCUGGAACAAGAGAAGAGCAUGAACGGAAUGGUGGAUCACUUGUCCUACUUUCUCCCACAAGCCGAAUUGUUCCCCGUAGACGAUGCCUCGUUACUGAAAGCGGACUCCGGUCGACUAGAAUCCUCGUCUACGUACCAGAACAUGCCAUUUGAAUAUUUAGCCUCGCCAUCGAUUUCCACAAAUGCGUCUUUCAAGCGAUUGCCAACCACAAUCGCUUUGGCAUCCAGCUCAUCUAGACACCGACUGCUUGAAAAGGCCUUCGACGCGAAAACAGCGCAACGUCCGGAUCAAGAACGUUUGAAUGACUGUGAAACGGUAUAA